CACCACACACCGCUAAGCGAGAGCACCUCCAAAUUCCUGUGUGGAUAGCCAUCCCGAUUGAUCGUUCAACCACCCUCGACAACCCGGUCAUCCUUUCCACCACCCCCCCCUCGACAAUCAAGAUGUCCGACUCCGGGGAAGUUCAGGCCGUUCAGCUGCCUAAGGAGAUUGCUCACCUCGACAACCAGCCCGUCCUCCUCUUCGGCAAGUGGAGCUACGAGGAUGUCGAGAUCCGCGACAUUUCCCUGACCGACUACAUCCAGAUCCGCCAGCCGGUCUACACCUCCCACUCCGCCGGUCGCUAUGCCGCCAAGCGUUUCCGCAAGGCCCAGUGCCCCAUCAUUGAGCGCCUGACCAACUCGAUCAUGAUGAACGGCCGCAACAACGGAAAGAAGGCCAUGGCCGUCCGCAUUGUCGCCCACGCUUUCGAGAUCAUCAACAUCACCACCGACUCCAACCCCAUCCAGAUCGCUGUUGAUGCCAUCGUCAACUGCGGUGCCCGUGAGGACUCCACCCGUAUUGGUUCCGCCGGUACUGUCCGUCGCCAGGCCGUCGAUGUUUCUCCCCUCCGCCGUGUCAACACCGCCAUUGCCCUGAUCACCAUUGGCGCCCGUGAGAGCUCUUUCCGCUCUGUCAAGUCCAUCUCUGAGUGCCUUGCUGAGGAGCUCGUCAACGCCGCCAAGGGCAGCAGCAACUCCUACGCCAUCAAGAAGAAGGACGAGCUGGAGCGUGUUGCCAAGUCUAACCGGUAAAGGGUGUACUGGAUGCAUUCUCCGUUUGGUCCUAUGUGUUUUAUGGAUACUGGAGUGAACGGGGUGUUUUUCACCGGGUUUCGGAUGAUUGACAUACAACUGCAAGGCUGUACAUGGAUUGGGACGGCCAUGGAGGAAGCAGGAUCCAAAAAUGGGAACACAAUCGGA